AUCCUUUCUAAAAUAUAUGUGCAGUCUAAAGUGCUCCGCUCGCCCUCUCAAGAGGGAUGUGAUUGAAAAGGGGAAUUCGGCUCUCCCCUCUCCCUCAUCCCCUUCACAGUCAACACAAACAUCCCGGAUCAGCGCUUUUCUUUCAACCUGCAGAGGCUUUGGACUAACAGGGUGCCCACAGAAGAAAGGAGAAGAACUACUUGGUCAUACCACUGUGCUGUGUUUGUGGUCUUCCAGCUGAGGUGUUAAAGACAAAGGUUGAAUAGACUCUGUGGACUAUCUAACAUUCUACCUUUUAACUCCCGACUUGGAUGAUUGAAAGUUGCUCACCACAGUUUUCUCUUUAAAUGAGGACAUUUCUGAGAAGUCACAAAGUGGAACAAUUUUAUUCAGAACUUGUCAAAGGAAUACACAAAUAGCAAGGCAGACAGACAUUCCCUCAUCGCUUCUGUUUUAAAUGGCUUUCAACACUAAAGGAUUUGCUUUUUAGUGAUAAACACAUUUUGUAAAAACAUAUUUCAUAUGGUAGUAUUAGACAUGUUUUUACUGUUUUAACUGUAGAAAUAGUAAUUUGGAAGACCAACGCAGACGUGAUUAUUGCAUGAUAUUGUAAACCAACUUUUUUCUUAUUUAUAGAUUAUUAUUUAAUCCAAGACUUCCAGACUUUUCUCACGUAUAGUCAAAACUCUGUUUGUUUGGGAUGGACAGUCACAACAUCAAAUUACUCCCACAAAGACAUUGCUUUCUAAAAACUGGAGCUGCUAGCAGAUUACUUUAAAACUUUAUAUUGAUUGUUAGUGGCCCUAGUGUCUUUUAGGUUAGAUUACUUUGCUGCAGUACCAGGUGAACAGGGAUUAAAAAUCCUAAAAACGCCCCUCAACAGUGAGGGGGAGAUGUUUCAGUUUGGAAAGUACCCUAUGGACAUUUUAGAAAUGCUUAGUGGACACCAGGCUCACCAGUUCAAAGGACUGGGGCUGGAAAGACAACUUCAGCACCAACAACAGGUCCAACUUCAGCACCAGCAGCAGCUUCAACAGCAGCAGCAACAACAAAGUGAGGCAUCUGGUGGCCUCCUGUCUGGCCUUGGACUUGGUUCCCUUCAAGGAUCUAGAAGUAAUGCAUUUGCAGAUUCUUCAUCAUUAUUUGCCAAAAUGAGUGCGCCCCCUCCACCUCUUCCACAACAAACUCAGUCCACAUCAUCACAAAGCACACGCAAAUCAAGCAAGAUGAGCAGCGGCAGUGGGAGUGGCAGUUCUGCCUCUGGCUAUCCACAGUUUCUUCGCACAUUUCACCCUGCUGAGGCUGCGCUAGCCCAGGAGCAGCUUCACUCAGGAAUGGGACGUUUUGAUUUUUCUGGAGGAAGUACAGGAGGAGUUGUAACAUCUGCGCCACCACCACCCCCCUUGCACCCUGGUCUCUCCGUUCCUCAGCCAUCUCCUGGACCAUCCUCGUCAUCCCCCUCCCCUUCGAGUUCAACCACCACUUCUAAUAAUCCACCCAGCAGUAGCAGCUCAGUGGCUGGAUUAGUCGGAGCCCAGUCUGAUGCAAGAAGUUUACACCAGCAGUUCAGCUGCAUGCUCGCUGCAAACCAAUACCUGUUUUCUGGAGUGCCCACAAAUGCCAGUUUGGAACAGUUUCUAGUUCAGCAGGGUCCCCAUAAUCAUCUAGGUCUUGCAGAUUCGAAUACAGGUCUUGCUCCUCCUCCCGCCCUUCAUCCUUCCCACACCCAUGGCCAUCCAACUCCCCAGCCCCAACAACAGCAGCAGCAGCUGCCACCUCAUGCGUUGUCCCACCCUCACAGCCAUGCCCAUCCACACCACCCUCUACACCCUGCCCCCCAACCAUCACCACUUGGUGGUUUUGAUUUCCAAGGUAUUCCUGUUCUUUCGUCUAAUCAACUGGCUUCCCUAAUGCAACAAGAAGCAGGCCUGCCUUUGCCACUCCCACUCCAUCUCUCCUUACCAAAAGAUGAUGGCAAAGGAGAUAGUGGAUCUGGGGCUGGAGGAAGUGGAGGUAGUGGCAGCAGGAGAAAGAAAGCCAUGGCUGGCUACCUGCCCCAGAGGAAGGCAGAAGGUAACAGUAGCAGCAGUACCAGCAGUGCUAACUGUCAUGGCAGCUCUGGGGCACAUGGUCAUGAUGGGUCCUCUGGUCUUGUGGGAGGAGGUGGAGGGGUUGGAAUGAGGGGUCUUGGUGGUGACCCCUCCUCCAUCCUCUCCUCAUCAACACCAUCCUCCUCUUCUUCAACUGUCUCCUCCUCUUCUUCCUCUGCCCCAUCUUCAAACUCUGCUUCUGUGCUGGUAUCAAAUAUCUCUCAAAACCCCAAAACUGAAAAUCAGCAAUCAAUGACUCCCAAUAUCGCACAGCCUGAGCAAGAACCUCUCUUUCAUUGUGGAGAGUGCGGCAAGUCUUUUAACCACCUCCCAAGCCUUCGUCGACACAUACGCUGCCAUGAAGAAGAUGGCAGUCGUCCCAACAGCAGCACAAACCCGAGCCAUCAGCAUCAGUCAGAUCUCCCCCACUCAACACAAGAUGGAAUUUCUCAAAAUGCUCACCACCAGCAUGAAAAUCCAGACCCCAUGUCUUCCGCUUGCUCAAGUCCAGAUAAGUCAUACUGUUGCAAUGAAUGUGGAAAGGGGUUCAAGAAGAGAGGACACCUGCUUCAACAUGGCAUUAUCCAUUCUGGAGCUCGUCCAUAUGCCUGCUCUGUUUGUGAGCGUUCGUUCAACCGCAGAGAGUCUCUCACUCGGCAUGAGAAAAUUCACGAAGAGAAGCCCUACCGCUGCCCUGCUUGUGGCCGUUGCUUUAGAGAGAGUACUUCUUUGCUUAACCACGCUGCAUCAGGUGACUGUGGCAAGCCAGGGAGGAGGUCUAGAAGCAGUGAUGGUAGCUCAAUAGGUUCAGUAGAGGGCAAAGUUGAAAGUGAUUUUUCUGGUGGACAAAUGACUGACUCGAAAGAAUUAGUAUUUUGCAAGAAUGAGGACAGCACAGCAGGGAUGUCUUGUGACAGUCUGUAUUCACAAGGAAGAAGUGCUAAUCAAAAUCCUGUGGGCAAAACUGAAGAAAAGUAUAACCCUGAGUAUUCAAGAGAUCCUUACCAAACGUCAUACAGGGUUGAUGACUACCGCCGUCAACAGGGCAACCCAUCAUCCUACUCUGGAGACUCCUGUAGCAACAGUAUGUCAAGUCCGGCGCUCAGAAAAGCUCCUUUAGCCCCAACACUUCAUCCACACCCUCAAAAUCAGCAGCACCAUCACCAACAGCAAUCUCAUCUUCCUCUCUCCUCUCUUUUGGAUGACUCUGAAGAUGAAGUCACCAGUAGUGCCAUGUCUGCCAUUGCUGCAGCUGCUGCCGCCUCUGUUUUGCCUGCUGAAAUGAAUAGUACUGGGGGACGAGAGGAACGGAGAGACAUUAUUGGAGGUCUGUUGGGAGGGCUUGGCUUCGGGUCUAUGGGUGCCUCUUCGUCUACAUCUACAGGAAAUGGUGGGAACGAAGAAUGCCUGAGUGGUUCAAUGAUACCUUUAUCUCACCCUACCCAACAGCAACCUAACUCACAGAAUGCCAACAAUCCUAAUGCCAAACCCAAGAGGCCACGGAAGCCCAGGCAGAAAAGAGAGCCGAGACCUGGUGGGGCUCCAGGAGAAGGAGUAAAACGUCGGAGAAGCAAUCAGAGCGGUGCUGCUGGAGAUGGUUCUGAAAGGCCUUAUUUAUGCACUGUUUGUGGACGGGGCUUUAGUAGACGUGAGACCUUGCGUCGGCACGAACGUGUGCAUACAGGGGAAAAGCCAUUUCAUUGUGACAUCUGUGGUAAAGACUUCCGAGAGCCGUUUCAUCUUACCAAACAUCAGACUGUUCACUCGGGGGAGAAGAACUACAAAUGUACCCUUUGUGGAAAAGAUUUUGGAUAUGCACAGAGUCUAAAAAGGCAUGAAAAACUGCAUCCGGGAGAUUUCAAGCCGAGGCGAAGUAAAACCAAAUCUGCUGCAAAUCAAGGGGGGCCUGCUAAUCAAGACCAAUCUGAUCAAACCAAUCAAACUAAUCAAACCAACCCUGGCGCUUAUUACUCCUAUUCUCAGGAUAAAGUUCAAGGAUCCAAUGCUAACACAAGCAACCAACCCCCUCCUAAACUAUAUACAUGUGAGAUUUGCUGGAAAUCCUUCCGCCAUCACUUCCACCUAACUGCCCAUCACCAAGCCAUUCAUGAACAUGGUGGGGAGAAACUGUUUUCAUGUGAAGUGUGCGGGAAGGCAUUUUCUUACUCCAACAGCCUGACCAGACAUAGAUUAUCUCAACACGGUUUGACUCGUACUGGGCCAACAACACAACCAACAGGAAGUGAAUCUAUUGGAACUGCCCCAUCUGUUUCUGAGAGUGAGGCUGCAACCAAUGCACUCCUUCAUAUAACACCUGAAAGUGGAAGUCAUGGAGUACAACAGCCCCAUUCAACCAUCGCUCACACACAGCACCCUCAGCCUGCUGGUUAUUCUCCUCUCUUUUACACUCCAGAGUCAGGACAUCACAGUUCAAAUGUCAACUCACACCCCCAACAUCUGCACUACUCAAACCCCACUAUGGGUCCCCUCCAGCUUCAACAGCCAAUCAGCGGGAAACAGCUAAUUUAUUCAGGGUUACCAGGUAACACCCUUCAUUCCACUCCACCUCAUAUCCACAUUUCGCCACCCCAGCACUCUCAUCACCACCAGCAACAGCAGCACCCUUUCUCAAUGCAGUCUCCACAUCUACAGCAAAGCCCUCAGGCCCAGGGAGAUACCACACAAAGGAAGAAAAAAAAAAGAAAGAAAAAAUAUAAACUGGCUAGUAGCAUGCAGUUGAUGACUGGAUUCAGUGCUUAUGAAAUUGCUAGGAGGCGUUUGUAUUUAAAACGAAAGAAGUGCAGGCUUCAGCAGCAGCUAAAGCGAAAGAAGUGGAUAGCUCAGCUGAAAUGGGCCAAGUUUACUGGAGGAGGGCUUGGUUUAAAUGUAGGUGGAAGCACAUGGCGUGCAGGGCGGUUAAGGUUUAGAGGCCUCCGGUCUCUCAUCGUCCCCUUAAAGUCAUAUUCUUGCCCUGUCUGUCCCUUUACCACUUUUUCAAGCCACAUAAUUCUUUCAGUGCACCGUGUAACCAGGCAUCCACCAAGAAAACAUGGCCGUCAGACUCGCCUGCGCUGCAUAGUCUGUGGGAAACGUUCUCGAAGGCUACUGACAGCUCUCCGUCAUCGGGCCCACCACCUCUCUCAAGGGGUGUUCUCUUGCUCUCGAUGUCCCUCUAGAUUCUGGAACGGAAGCCUCCUGCAGCGCCACAAAUUUGCUUGUCGGCGUGUCAGUAGAGGAAUCAGAAUGUCAAUAAAGACAGAGGACCAGAUUGAAAGAUCAACAGUUGUGACAGGGUACAGGCACUAAGUAAACUGACAUCUAAAAAAAAAAAAAGUACAGGGAUAACAUGGAAAUAGGCAUAGAGGAUUUUCAUGGAAAUUGCCACACAUUCGACUCCUUAAACGUGGUCAGACUAUAACCAAGGGAGUGCCUCUUAAAAAUAAAAGACUCAGUUGUUGUGAAAACAAGCCUGUACCUAAAGAACCAUCCAUUACAGACAUGGAUCUCUAACACGGUUUCUCCAAAGGGGAAGAAUAUUCUAGAUUAUGGAACUGUUUUUGGUAGCACCUUUGUUGUAAUGGUAGCAUCUCUAUCCUCUAAAAAUGCAUUCAUUAUGUAUUUUCGUAACUUUAUUUGUGCUGCAAUGAUGGAUGCAUACCAGUGAAAGUGAACUAAUUUGAACAGUAACAAUCUAUUCUUUAAACUAGUUUCCCCCCAGUACUCUGAGCUUAACGGUAUAGCCCUUGUUUACGCUCAAAUAUACGUAGCUUUUUUGUUCAUUGUGGUGUUGCGUUUUGUUUUCCACCUUUCGCUGUCUUCAUGUUAAAAUGCAAAUGUUUGACCUGCAACUGAAAGUUACUGGUUUUGGGAAGAGGAUCAAGUACAUAAUGUGUGUAUUCCCUAUGAACAACCUCAAUUAUAUGACACUCCAGGUUGAAUUCAACAGUGUCUCAAAGAGGACUCUGUCAAAAUGUGCAAAAUAUUCUACAGAGUCGAUGAGAAGGGGACAGAAUGGUGUUGUUAAUGCCAUGUUCCUGUGUUUAAUGUCAUCUGUUCUUUUGUUUUGUUUUUAAAGAAAUAUGUAAAGAAACCUUUGCAGGUGUUUCUAUGGCAAGUGUUAAUGUCUUUGGUUGCGAGAUUGGCUUGGGGGUGAGAGGAAUAGCCAAUCUGUACUGUACAAUGCGUAUUAUAUUUUAUUAUGUAACAGUUUUUCUUUUUUAUUAUUCAAAAUAUAUGUUUUUUUUAAUCAUUUUUACUAUUUUAGGGGUGGGUGGGUAUGUGGCAGGGCCUGUCAUUGUAAGAUGUGGGGAAUAUAUGUGUCGGUGUGAAUUCUUUUUUUUUUUUUUUUUUUUUUUCGUUCCCUGCCCCUUUGAUCUGUUUAACCCAAACCACAGUUUAGCCCGGCUUACCCAACACUAUUGUAUUCAUUCUCAAUACUUUUACUUAGCUCUACUGUCCCAAUGUUUUCCUCAGUAAACUAAAGUACAAAAUAUAAAUACUAAACAACUGUUUUCUUUUUCUGAGUCAACAGAUAUGUUGAGUUUCUCAGAAAGCAAAUAAAAAGAUAGGAAAUGUACAGUU